GUUUUUGCGCACGCGUCCUUCAACCUAGCAGCAGAGCUGCUGUUUCAAUAUGGCGUCGCUUGGUGUCCCCCGGUGGGCACGGGCCCUUUGCAAGGGGAAUCGACAAAGUAUUACAGCAUUUUUAUCUGGGGCAAGGGCAGCCUCUGGAAUCUCGAAAGAUGUGUUGCCUGGCCCAUACCCCAACACCCCAGAGGAGAGGGCUGCAGCCGCAAAGAAGUACAAUAUGACAGUGGAUGAUUACGAGCCGUACCCUAAUGAAGGCAUGGGUUAUGGCGAUUACCCGAAGUUGCCAGCAAGAUCCCAGCACGAGAGAGAUCCUUGGUACCAAUGGGACCACCCUGACCUCAGGAGGAACUGGGGAGAGCCGAUGCACUGGGAUUUUGACAUGUUCAUAAGGAACCGUGUGGACACCUCUCCCAGCCCUGUUGACUGGUCAACUAUGUGCAAACAACUGUUUGGCUUUGUCGGGAUAAUGCUGUUUCUGUUCUAUCUUGGGGAGAAAUUUCCUGCCUACCAGCCUGUGGCUCCUAAACAGUAUCCCUACAAAAACCUGUACCUGGAAAGAGGAGGAGACCCUAAUAAAGAGGCAGAAGAAGUCAAACAUUAUGAAAUCUGAGUAUUUCUGUCCCCUUUACUCUGUAUAUGUGUUAUUUUAAUAAAUUACUUAUGACCAAG